AUGCGUAUCAAGGUACUUGGAGAUGAUCAUUCUGAAACUGGCACGGCACGUAUUAAUUUAGCAGAGACAUACAGAGACACGAAUGAUUAUGAAAAAGCGAUGCAACAUGCGCAAAAGAGAGAUCUAUGGCGCAAUCAUAUACUUCCAAGCCAUUGCUCAUCCGGAUUUUCUCGUGCUGGAAUUUUUCCUUACGAUUCUCGGGCAGUUUUCAAAGAGAAGCUCUUCGAACCACCAGCUUUAUCAUCAUCUGACGCUCCAUCUAACUUUAUCGAUGAUAUUGGCUUAAGUAAUCGCUCGGUUCUUCGUCCAACUCGAUCUUUAUCUUGUACAGCAUUGUCAACUGAUGCAUUAGCUGCUACUACUAAUCCUCUUCAACAGCCAAAUCUUAUUUCUUCAUUCGCAAUGACUGAUGAUGCUUUGACAACAACUAAUGAUGCUUUGACAACAGCUGAUGAUAUUUCUUCAACUCAGGGAGCUAAAGGAGCUAAGGGAGCUAAAGGAGCUAAAGGAGCUAAGGGAGCUAAAGGCGCUAAGGAAGCUAAAGGAGCUAAGGGAGCUAAAGGAGUUAAGGGAGCUAAGGAAGCUAAGGGAGCUAAAGGAGCUAAAGGAGCUAAGGAAGCUAAGGGAGCUAAAGGAGUUAAAGGAGCUAAGGGAAUAAAAGGAGCAAAAGCUCACAUAUAA